AUGAGGUUCCACCAGAUCGCGGGCGUAUGCCUAACAGCCUUCUCGGCCUUGACAGCGGCUGCUGUGGUACCCGCGGAGGUGGAGAAGAGAGCGACUUCGACGAGCAUUGCGAGCAGCACAACAUCCAAGAAGGCUGACGCACAAUGCACGAAUGGACCUACCUCUCGUGCUUGCUGGAAGAAUGGCUACAGCAUCGCUACGGACUUUGAUCAAAAGUUCCCAACCACCGGGAAGACUGUAUCCCACUCGCUCACUAUCACGAACGGCACCUGCAAUCCAGAUGGGCACGGCGAACGACUAUGCCUGCUCAUCAACAACCAGUAUCCUGGACCUGUGGUUAAUGCUGCAUGGGGAGAUAUCUUGAGCGUCACCGUGACGAAUGCGAUGAAAGACAAUGGCACCAGCAUUCAUUGGCACGGUAUCCGCCAAUACCACAGCCCUGGUUACGACGGUGUGAACGGUAUCACCGAAUGCCCUCUCGCACCUGGACAAACCAAGACAUACACCUUUCAAGUCUCUCAGUUCGGCACAUCGUGGUACCAUGCUCACUUCUCGUCGCAGUAUGGUGAUGGUGUCAUUGGUCCCAUCGUGCUUGAUGGACCGGCUUCUGCGAACUACGACGAGGACCUCGGACCAUACGUGCUCAAUGACUGGUACUAUCAGACUGCUUACCAGAUCAACUCCAUCGCAUCGGUCAACCUCGCUGCUGGCGGACCUCCACCAAAUGCCGACAACAUCCUGAUCAACGGCACCAACAAGAACGCCAACGGUGGUGGGCAGUACAACAAAGUCUCCAUCAAAUCUGGCAAGAAGUACCGUCUCAGACUUAUCAACAUGUCCGUCGACAACUACAUCCGUGUGACUUUGGACAACCAUGUGAUGCAGGUCAUGACGUCUGACUUCAUCCCGGUGAAGUCGUUCUACACAGAGACCUUGUUGGUCGCAAUCGGACAGCGCUACGAUGUUGUGAUAACCGCCAACCAAACGGCUGGCAGUUACUGGUUCCGUGCCGAUGUGGCGACCGAUUGUUUGAGCGGUAAUAACUUCAAGGGCCUUGCAGUCUGGACAUACGAUAGCGUUACAGCCGCUACACCCACUAGCAGCGCCUAUGCGAACCCAGCACAAUGCAUUGAGCCCUCCCAGGCUGCUCCUUACUGGGUCCAGCCAGUUCCCAGUGGUACCUUCCAGCAGAACAUUGGCAACUUCCCAAUCGGCCUGACCCAGGCUCAAGUUGUGCCCAACGGCGAUGCCAUUGUUGUGUGGAGUCUCGGCUCCGAGUCCAUCAACGUUGAUUGGGAGAAGCCGACCUUGCAGUAUGUCAUGUACAAGAACACGAGCUACCCGGCUGCCUUCAAUGCUAUCCCUACCGUCAACGAGGGUGCAUGGAACUAUGUCCUCGUCCAGCAAGGUCAGCGUGUCCCACCUGUCCCGCAUCCAUUCCAUCUCCACGGCCACGAUUUCUUCGUCCUGGGCCAAGGCAGCGGUACCUUCGACCAGAGCACUGCCUCUCUCAACUGGGCCACCCCACCUCGUCGUGACACUGCCACUGUCAUCGGCGGUGGUUGGUUGGCUAUUGCUUUCAACUCCAACAACCCGGGAACUUGGCUCAUGCAUUGCCACAUCGCCUGGCACGUGAGCGAAGGUCUUGGGCUCCAGUUCAUCGAGUCUCCAGAUCAAAUCACUCUUCCUGAUCAGACUCAAUUCUCGCAGCAGUGUGCGGCAUGGGACAAGUACUACCAGACCGCAUACUGGAAGAAGGAUGAUUCUGGCAUCUAA